AUGCAGGACGGUAUAGGCGCCCUCGAGUCCACCCACGGCCACGGCCCGUUGCUGAGUCCCUUCGAGGCUAUCUUCACUACGUACCCGCCCGUCCUGGCCUCGCUCCUCGCCCAGAUCUCGACGGCUACGCUCCUCGACUUGUACCACACGUCGAGACACCUCCGCGACUUCCUCAAGCUGUACCCCCUCGCCUGGAAGACGCUGUCGUUCCGGUUGCCACAGCCCGCCGUCGCCAUGGGCUCGCCUGGGAACGAGACACCCGACGGCCGAGAGCGCCAGUCGAGGCCCUACGCGUUCGAUGCGCUGUUGAAGCAGAUCAUAGGCCCACAUGGGGCGUGCUUGACCAGCCUGGAUCUCUGCAACACCGCCGUCUCGGGGACGGCGCUUAGCAUGCAGGUUCUGGGGCCGCGGAGCAAUACUCUUAGACAUUUGUCGGUACGGGGCUGUAAGAAUGUUUCGAUUAAGUAUCACAUCGUCCCUUUCCUGGAGCCGUUCACAAUGGAUCAAAUGCCGGAUUCAGCGGUAGAACUUGCCUUGAAGAGCCUCUAUACGUACCGCUGUCGGCACCACCGUAGACGACCAUACCUUCCGCAGUCUCUUACGCGACGAGACUCCGACUCCGACCCCACACAUCAGUUGAUCGAGAUAUGCCAUAAACUUGGCAUAUGGACAGAUACGGCGUGGUGCCCAACGCCAGGAGGCCGUUGUUAUCGGAGGAAAGAUUACCAUGCAGGACGAGCAGGACCGCAAAAUGGCGAAGUUUGGGUGCCGUAUGACCGCUUAUGGCGUUCAAGUAAUCGGAUUGGGCCCGCGGACGGUGUUGGAGAAAAGCUAGGACAAUCAGACGGGAGGCUAUGGGAGAUCUCUGAGACUGGCCAGGAUGGCGAACCGUUGGGAACCGAUAGUGGUGCUGUAUCCAAGGGCGAGGGCAAGCACGUGCCAGCACACAUGCGGCAGAGCCACAAGACUUUCGUCGAAAACCUCUAUUGCGCGCAAUGCAACGAGGAGAUUCUUGAGCGAUGCGAAUCGUGCAGCGUUCGGAUGCACUGCAUGGGAUGCCGAAAGACGCUUUGCGCCAGCUGCGCCUUCAACAAGCCUAUACCUAGGAAGCGGGAAAAAUCAAGGCAGUUUGCAAGCACGGCGUUCGGUUCUGGCUCCACAGUUGGCACCACUCUGAACCAAGCCUCAACCGGCUCCAACGUUUCGCUCCAAACCCCGAACCACCCUGCGCAGCCCCAGCAGGAUGACCGCUUCUGGUGGGCUCCAGGGGCAACGCGGUCGCCCAAUCUCAUGAACGAGUCUUCUCAGGAGGACGAAGACUCUGAUUCUGACGAUGGCGGCAACCUCAAUCAAGGUCUGCCAGUGCCACCUCCCAAUCGCGACCCGCCGAAACUUAACAUGCAUUGGUGCUGCCUGGAACCUAUAUUUUCAGGCGGCGGCGGCAUUGCUGUACUAGGGACUGGGCUGGGUGGCAGAGGAGCUGACAAGAUACGAGCCGCACCGCUUCCGCGCACUAAGCAGUUCGAGGACCCGGAUUUCUCAAAUCAGCUUCGGCCAGUUGACUACAUUCGAGAAUUGAAGAACAAUGGACUUUACGAAUAUGUCCUCGGCGAGGACGUUGACCUUCUAACCUACCUAAAGCAGCCCAGUCUGGAGCUGCAGGCCCAGACAUGCCCCCGAGGUCUCUGUCAGGACUGCUACAGGAGUUUCCGUUGGAAAGUCACGUGCCGAACAUGCAAAAACCCUAUCUGCAAAGAGCACGACUUUAGGGGUCUGAAGUUCCGCAAAUGUGGCUAUCGAGACAUGGUCACCGAACGUGAACAUGUCAGAGCGCAUACGGAACCACCACGACUCAUCAUACCUGAAUUCAACCCCACUAAAAACGCUCAACGACUCCCUACUGGACCUCCUUCCUUUAGUCAAUCCUCAUCGUCUCUGAUUACUGAGCUUGACAUGGGCGACCAAACACCUAUGUCACAGUCUCAGAUCCUCGUCCCUCACGUACCGCCCUCUUCCGUAGAGAUGUCCGCCGCCAAUUCCGUUGCAUCUCAUGUGUCCAAUUUCGACCCGACCUCAAACGCCGUUCCCGUGCCAUUUGUUCCAGUAAGCUCCUCGAGGCCGCGAUCCCUCAGUACCUCAGGUGUUCGCAGCCGGAACCUAGCGUUCGCGUCAAACUCAGCACGGGUUGGCAUUCCUAGUUCCAUAACCAAUCCUCUUCCACUGCCCUGUCAUCCCCGUCACCCCGUUCAAUGGGAGGGCUGCGGAGCCUAUUUCUGUCAGUAUCCUAGGCCUGUAGGGGACAACAGACCACAGUGCCCCACUUUGCUCAAGGAGUGUACUGAGUGUGCCGUACUCGUGUGUGAUCAAUGCAACUUGGCGAAUCCCACCUGCACCUGCACGUAUUGCACAGUGAAUUUUCACUGUCCAACAUGCUCUCGCAAACCAGAUGUUAGGGCAAAAUGCCGCUAUGAAAUGGAGACUCAGGCAAAACUCGCAGAGGAAAGACGCGCACGCGAAAGGAUGGAGAAGGAGAGGAGAGGACGAACUCAAGCUGACGAGUUAGCUGGAGCUGUCUUCGAAUUUUUCAAGUCACUGUACACUCACGAUGAUGUUGACGAAGAUGACGGACCGAGCAUCACCCACCAGGAGAACGUUGACAUCGCCAGCCAAAGUACCAUUGUCAACACGACCAGCAAUCAACUAUCGAGCCCAGACUCGAUCACCGUUACGACAGUUUUUGGUGUGCAUGAGGAGCCUUCCAAUGUCACGGUCAUCUCUGGGCCGUCUACGUUUCCGAACCACUACUCACAUGCAUCUGAAGAGGCGGAGACAUCUGAUUUUGACGUUAUGGAUGAACUCAUGCACGGAAGCCACGUUGUAACGCUGAACGAGGCAGACUUGGGUGCAUUCUUGGCUGGCGGCGUCAAUGCUCCUGACAUCGAUUCACUACUAGGCAUCGACACGGAUAGCAAUAUGAACGACGAUGGCGACGAUGCAGAUAUCGAUACGGACGAAUUCGAUGCCGAAAGUGCGGUAAUCGAUGAGUUCUUCGAUGACGGUGGACUGACGCCAACUAUGACCACCCACGCAUCGAACCUGUAG